AUGGUGAUGACGGUGAAGCUGACGACCUUCCAAGAUGGCAGUGCAGUGCUCUGCGUGUGCCGGUCCCACAUGAUGUUCGACGGCGGCAGCUCCUGGGCCUUCCUGAACUACUGGGCUGCGCUGGCCAGAGGAGAGGCGCCGAAAGCCCCCAAGUGGCGCAAGGAUGAGGUCUUUCCCCUGAUCCCCUCCGAAGACGCGACCAAGGAGAUGUUGACCAAGUUCUUGGGGAGGCCGCCGACACUGGGCGUGCUGGGCGAUUACGCAAUCAAGAGCAUCUUCGCGGUGGUCGCGCCCAUCUACGACCUUUGCACCUUGACCUUGGGCACCGGCCUGCACCGCGACCGCCUCUUCUUCUCGGACCAAGAGAUGGCUGCCAUCAAAGCCGCGGCCACGCCUACCCAAGUGGCGCCGGGGCAGGACAACUGGGUCACCACCCAGGAAGCCUUCACCGCCUACCUGCUCUACACCUUGGGCCAUGAGCUCCUGCCAGCUGAGUCCUCUGGCGACGGCAAGGUGGUCUUCUUCCUGGACCGAAGUUGA